AUGGUCUUCAUGCCGCAGGCGCUGGUGCCGCUGCUCAAAUGGUGCCGCGACCUGUGGUAUGACGGCAAGCCGGGCGCGGAAGAGGGGCCGGAGACGCUGCCGCGCCUGCAUCACCGCCGCCAGCGGGCACGGCUGCGCCGCUAUCACGCCACCGAUCGCGACCGCGCGGUCCGGAUGAAUUUCGAACGGACGCUGGCGGAACUCACCAUCGCGCUCACCGACCUGCAACGUACCGGCGGGCUACCGCAAUGGGACGCGAUCGACGAGCGCUACGAUCCCGUCGAACGGCGCGGCGUGCAAAGCGCGCUCGCCGAUGCGGAGGAGCGGACCGUCCCCCGGCCGGUGCGCCUCGCCAGCCUGACCGCUCGACAACGCGAAGACCUUCGCGAACACUGGUUGGUGCAGGAAAAGAUCAUCGACGAUGCGAUCGAUGCGUGGUUUGUCCGGAACGAUACCUCGGCCGGCAGUCAGACGUUGCAGGACGCCGCCGCGAAGGGGCGAGGUCGACCCGGUCUGGAUUCCCCGGUUGAUCUUCAACGACUAUCUUUCCUCCGGACCGGGCAGGUCGGGUUCGUCGGCGGGCGCUGCUACACCGCCGCCAAAUAA